GUACUAUGUGGUGACGCCCAUGGGGAGUGACACCUACGGCAUGGCUGAGCUCGUGGUGGUCGCCGGUGCUGCCAUCACUGCUGUCUCCAUCACCACCACGGCCACAUUCCAGUAUGCCGGGGACACCUAUGUGCCGGGCGCGGUGCUGCGCCUCUUCCUGCAGCCCUACCACAGCCUGCAGCUGCAGAGCAGCCAGGACUUCACCGGCACUGCUGUGGUGGCCAACGCGCCUGUGGCCGUGCUCAGCGGCCACACUUGCACCAAGGUGACUGCGGGCUACGACUUUGUGGUGGAGCAGCUCCUGCCAACAGUGGCGUGGGGGAGGAGCUACUUGGUGCCACCCAACCCGGUGCAGCCAGGCACUGACCUUAUCUAUGUGGUGACGGAGGAUUGCAACACUAUCACCUAUAACAGCAGCAGCGGGGAGGUCACCAUGGCCAUGGCAGCAGGGGAGGCGCGGGCAUUGGUGGUGAACCACAACUCCCCCCUGUACCUCACUGCAGUGGCAGCAGUGCAGGUGCUGCUGUUCUUCACUGGCUCAUCUUGGCAAGACCCCUUCCUCCUCAUCGUGCCACCUGUCACUGCCUACUGCACCGCGUUCCACCUCAGCACUGUGCCCGGCUACUACAACCAUGCCAUCCUCAUUGCGCCCACCGCCGCCACUGCUGCCACCACUCUCAACCACCAGCCAGCUGCCGCCAUGAAGUGGCAUGGCAUUCCCGGCAUGGAGUUCUCCUGGGCCGGCAUCACAGUGAGUCCCCAGACAUGGAGCGCCGAGAACCCACAGGCGCCCAUGGGGCUCCUGGUGUUUGGGUUCAAGAGCAACACCGGGUACGGCUUUGCUGGGCUCUGCAUCACCGCUCCAGAACCGGUCUCCUGCGAGGAUUUGAUGUGCGAGGAGAAGUGUGAGGUGGUGGAUGGACAACCAAAGUGCGUCCAGGAGACCUUCUCCACCUGCUGGCUCACCAGUGGUUCGCACUACCGGAGUUUUGAUGGGAAGACGUUUGAUUUCAUGGGAACAUGCACCUACACCUUGACCACCCUCUGCAGUUCUGAUCCCACCUUUCCUGCCUUCUCUGUGGAGGUCCAAAAGGAGAAAAAGGAGAACUCUAACGUCUCCUCCAUUGGUUCCAUCAACGUCCGCAUUGACAAUGUCACCGUCACUGUGGUCCGGGCAGAAAACGGGAUGGUGAGGGUGAACAACCACAGCUCUCGCCUGCCCAUCUCCCUCUCCUGCGGGAAGCUCCGGGUUCGCCAGAAGGGCAAAUCCGUGUUGAUCCAAUUGGAUUUCAUGCUGAAGGUCCUCUACGACUGGGACGAUCAUGUGGUGGUCAAAAUUCCAGCUGCUUUUUCUGGGAGAGUCUGCGGGUUGUGCGGGAACAGCAACGGGAACCCCCGGGAUGAUGCACUGGCUCCCGAUGGGAGCAAGGUGUGGGAUAUCGUGGAGCUGGGGCGGAGCUGGAAGGUGACCAAUGGGAGUGGUCACUGCCAGGACACCUGCGAGGGGGACUGUGGGCGGUGUGGGAGGGAUGAGGAGGUGAUAUACAAGGCAGAGCGGUGGUGUGGGAUGUUGUCCUGGCAUGCUGGGCCAUUCCGGCGCUGUCAUGGCACCAUCAAUCCCAAUGUCUACGUGAAGAACUGUAUCCAUGACCUGUGCGCCCAUGGCGGCCAUCGCACUGUGCUGUGCCACGCCCUCCAGGCCUAUGCGGACGACUGCCAAGAGAAUGGGAUCGACAUUUCUGAUUGGAGAAUGAGGAUGGGAUGUCCUUUCACCUGCCCUCCCAACAGCACCUACAGCACCUGUGGCCCCAGCUGCCCCCCUACCUGCAACAUCCCGGCUGUGCCGUUCAGCUGUGCUGCCAGCACCACCUGCGUGGACUCCUGUGUGUGCCACGAGGGCCUUGUCCUGGAUGCCAACAUCUGCAUCCCCCCCUCUGACUGUGGUUGCGUCUUCGGGGGUCUCUUCCAUGGCCUAGGAGAGGAGUUCUGGGGUGAUCCCACCUGCACACAGCGCUGCGUGUGCGAUGCGGAGCAGCGGCAGGCAGUGUGCCGGAAUUCCAGCUGCGGUGCAGAGGAGGAGUGUCGGGUGCAAGAGGGAAUCCAGGAUUGUUAUCCCAAAGUUUUUGGGGUCUGCAGCGCCGUUGGAGCCACCCACUAUGAAACCUUUGACAGCAGGAGGUUCAUCUUCCAGGGGACGUGUGUCUACCUGUUUGUUGGGUUAUGUGAAGACAACCCAAAUUUGGUGGGGUUCCAGGUGUUGGUGCAGAGUGGCCGCCAGGGCGACAGGCGCCUGUUGGCCAUUGCCAUGGUGACAGUCAAAGUCUACAACAAAACCAUUGGCAUCAGCAGGGAACAACCUGGGAAAAUCAUGAUCGAUGAGCGGUUGGUCAACCUCCCAUAUCUUCAUGGUGACAAGCAGAUUGUUGUCUAUCGCCACGGGCGGGACGCAGUGGUAGAGACCAACUUUGGCCUUGUUGUUACCUAUGACUGGCACAGCCAUGUCACUGCGACAGUGCCCGGUGCCUUUGCCAACGCCCUGUGCGGGCUCUGUGGGAACUUCAACGGCGCUGCCAGCGACGACAUGAGGAUGAGCAACAGCAACAUGGCGUCAGACCCGGAUGCCUUCGGGAGCAGCUGGAAGGUCGCUGAUAUCCUGGGAUGCACUGAGAGAUCGAUGGCGGAAUGUUCCAGUGCCACCACAGCACCACGGCUGCAACAGGAGGUGUCCGAGAUGGGGUGUGAGAUUAUGUUGGAAAAGGAUGGACCCUUUGGAGCAUGUCAUGGCCACGUGGAUGCCCAGCCGUACUUCCAGAGCUGCAUUCGGGACUCCUGCCUCGUCCCGGAGCAGGAAGAUGGGAUGUGUCCGAUCAUUGCCAGCUACGCCAGCGUGUGCCAGGCUGCCGGCGUGUCCAUUGGGAGGUGGAGGAUGGAUAAUUUCUGCUAUAUUCCCUGCCCUCCUAACAGCUCCUACAAGCUCUGCUCUAACACCUGCCAGCACAGCUGCGGUGCCAGCUCUGCCACGUGCCGAGGGCGGUGCCGUGAGGGCUGCGCAUGCCAUGAUGGCUUCAUGCUCAGCGGGGACGAGUGUGUGCCCACAGCUCACUGCGGCUGCACCCACCACGGCAUGUACUACAAGGAGGAUGAGACCUUCUACCCCACAGAGCAUGAGGAGUGCCGGUGCCUCUCCAACAGUGCUGUGGAAUGCCAAAAUAUUUCCUGUCCUGAUGGCAGCCCUGGGAAGGUCGUUGAUGGCAUCUUUCAGUGUCCCCCGCCAGCAUCCGGCACCUGCGUGGCCAUGGGAGACAGUGCCUAUAUCACCUUCGAUGGGGUGGCCUUCAAUGUCACCGGGUCCUGCUCCUACAUCCUCAGCCAGACCUGCGCGGGUGACGUGACAUCAUUUGUGGUCACAAUCCAGAAAGAGGCCCGUAGGAAGGGGAAGGUUUCCGGGAUCCAAGCGUUGUCUGUGGAAGUCUAUGGGGUCAACUUGACCUUAACCCAAGGAAAAGGGGGAGAUGUCAUGGUGAAUUCAAUCUCUCACCACCUCCCGGCCAUCCUGGGCGAGGGGCAAAUCCAGGUGUAUCCCCAUGGGACAGGGGUCCUGCUCCGCACUGACUUCGGCCUCGUUGUCCACUACGACCUCGCCCAGCACGUGACACUCACAGUCCCCCAGACCUACCUGGGCCACCUGUGUGGCCUCUGUGGCAACUACAACGGGCAACAUGACGAUGAUUUCCACCUCUCCAACGGCCAGCUGUCUCUGGAUGCCACAGCCUUUGGAUCUGCAUGGAAAACCAAGGAUAGGCCUUGUGAAGACGCAUGUCCUGACAAGGAGUGUUCCACCUGCUCCAAGGAGAAGGUGCUGGUCCUCCAAAAACCCAACUACUGCGGCCUCCUCACGGCCCCCGAGGGGCCCUUUGGCUCCUGCCACAGUGUCAUUGACCCCACCCCAUAUUCCCAAUCCUGCGUCCAUAACCUCUGUGUGACUGGAGGGGAUACAGGUGCCCUGUGCCAGAGCAUCCAGAGCUAUGUCAGCAUGUGCCAGGAUGCUGGAGUUGCUGUGGGGGAUUGGAGGACGCCGUCCUUCUGCCCCCUCCCCUGCCCGGCCAACAGCACCUACUCCCUGUGCACCAACACCUGCGCCAACACCUGCGCCGGGAGGGCCACCACGUGUCCCCAGACCUGUGCUGAGGCCUGCCAGUGCCACCAGGGCUCCGUGUCAGACGGGCAGGGCUGCAUUCCCGAGGAGCAAUGCGGAUGCUUUGAGGAUGGGCGAUACUACAAGCCCCAUGAGGUGGUUUUCCAGGAUCGCUGCCAGCGUCGGUGCUCCUGUAUCCCAGGCCAGGGCCUCACCUGCCAUGACCACUCCUGCACUGAGGAUGAAUCCUGUGAAAUUCGGGAGGGGGUCUUGGGAUGUAUCAACAAAAACCCCUGCAAGUCCCUGAGGUGCCGCCCCAAGGAGCGGUGCCGGCCCCGUGGCUCCGAAUCCCGCUGUGUCCCAGCGCUGGUGGCCACGUGCUGGGCAUGGGGGGAUCCCCACUUCCGUACCUUCGAUGGGCUAGAAUUCGACUUCCAAGGAACCUGCACCUACACCAUGGCCGAAUCCCAUGGGAAUGACCCCAGGCUGGAGCCCUUUAGGGUGGAGGCCAGGAAUGACAUCCGGGGCGGGAUCAGAUCCGUGUCCUAUGUCUCCGUUGUCAACAUCAACGUCUAUGGACAACGCGUGUCCUUCCACCACAACGAGGACGGGAAAGUCCGGGUGAACGGGGAGCUGGCCCUGCUCCCAGUGUUCCUGGUGGAUGGGAGGCUUCGUGUCCAUCCCAGCGGGCUCCGCGUCACCCUGGACACGGAUUUUGGGCUCCGUGUCUCCUACGACUGGAACUGGCAUCUCUUCAUUGACCUCCCCAGCAGCUUCUUCGGCCACGUCCGUGGCCUCUGUGGGAACUUCAACCUGCAGCCCCUGGAUGACAUCCCCGAGGCCGGCGACAACAUCCCUGCCCUGGUGGCCUGGGCCAGGGGCUGGAGAAGCUCCGACCCUGAUGCCCAGGAUCCCCUUUGUUGGGAUCACUGUGAUGGGGAGUGCCCAGUGUGCGAGGAGAAGGAGCUUUGGGGUGGGAACAGCUACUGUGGAAUCAUCAAGAAGUCCUUCCAGGGGCCCUUCCGGGCAUGUCAUGCUGUGGUGAAGCCUCAGGAGUUCUUUGGCAGCUGCCUGGCCGAGCUGUGCCGGAGCCGCGGCGCGAGGCAGGUCCUGUGCCGGGUGCUGGAGACUUACGCGGCCACGUGCCGGAGGAGCGGGGUGACCAUGGGCGACUGGAGGACACCAGCAGGAUGCCCCCUCCCUUGCCCCGAGAACAGCCACUAUGAACCAUGUGGCACUGCCUGCCCAGCCACCUGCUCCGACCCGGAUGCUCCCUCCUCGUGUGCCCUGCCGUGCGUGGAGUCCUGUGUGUGUGACCGCGGCCAUGUGCUGAGCGCCGGGCACUGUGUGCAUGUGUCCCGCUGCGGCUGCACCCGCGCCGGGCGCUACCACCGCCCCGGUGAGGAGUUCUGGGGGGACCCCUCGUGCCGCUCCUGGUGCCGCUGUGACCCAGAGCUGGGCAUGGUUGUGUGUGAGGAGGCCAAGUGUAAGUCAGGUGAGGUGUGUGCCGUGGUGGAGGGCGUCAGGAGGUGUGUGGCUACCAACCGCUCCAUCUGUGUGGCCACGGGGGACCCCCACUACACCACCUUCGACGGGCACCACUACGACUUCAUGGGCACCUGUGUGUACCUGCUGGCCGGGCUGUGCUCCCCUGACCCCACCCUCGUGCCCUUCAAUGUCACCGUGGAGAACAACCACCGUGGGAACAACCAUGUGUCCUUCACCAAGGUGGUCACCUUGGAGGUGUUCAAUGUGAGCCUCAGCCUCAGCCAGGAGCACCCCAAGAAGGUCAAGGUUGAUGGCGUCCUGCUGGACCUGCCCUUCUCUCACCCCUCCCACGAGCUCCGGGUGUCCCUGCGGGGUGUCCAUGGCUUCAUCAGCACGGCCUUUGGCGUCACCGUCACCUUCGACUGGCACAGCUACGCCCGCGUGAUCCUGCCCAGCACCUUCGCCGGCACCGUCUGCGGCCUCUGCGGCAAUGCCAACGGAGACCCCCACGACGACUUUGUCACCCGCCAGGGCUACCCUGCCCACAAUGACACCCACUUUGGGGACAGCUGGAAAGUCUCUGAGGUCCCUGGGUGCUCCCCAGGGUGCACCGAGGGCUGCCAGGGGUGCAGCAACACCCAACGCCGUACCUACCGCGGGGACAAGCACUGUGGCAUCCUGGUGAAGAAACGGGGGCCCUUGGCCACGUGCCAUGAGGUCAUUGACCCCGCCCCAUUCCUGGAGGACUGUCUGUUUGACACGUGUCUCUUCGAGGGCCACCACGAUGCCGUGUGCCAGGCCGUGGGCGCCUACGUCAGCGCGUGCCAGAGCCGCGGCGUGACCGUGGGGCCCUGGCGCACACACGCAUUCUGCAGCCCUGUGUGCCCCCCGAACGAGCACUACGAGCUGUGUGGCCCCCCCUGCCCCCCGACCUGCCAGGACGAGUCCGGCCCGCCGUCCUGCCCCGAGCCCUCCCCAUGCUCCGAGGGCUGUUUCUGCGAUCCCGGUUAUUUCCGAAGCGGGGAUUCCUGUGUCCCGCUAUCCCAGUGCGGCUGCACUCUGGAGGGUCGUUAUUACCCCCGGGGGGCGCAGUUCUACCCCUCCCCGUCCUGCACCCAGCGCUGCGUGUGCUCUAGGGGGGGGCACGUGGAGUGUGAGCCCACCCCGGGAUGCCUCCCGGGCCAGGAGUGCGGGGUGCGAGACGGGGUCCUGGGGUGCCACCCCCGCAGCGCCUGCGGGCACUGCCAGCUCCUGGGGAGGGGCACCUACAGCACCUUCGGGGGGCAACUGGGGGGCUUCGGGGGGUCCUGCACCCUCCCGCUGCUGGAGAUGGACGCGGGGGACCCCGAGGAGGGGCCGCAGCCCCUCAGGGUGGCCCUGGAGCAGCACGAGGGGGAGGUGAGGAGGGUGACGGUGACGGCGCAGGGGAUGACGGUGGCCAUGGACAGGGGACAGCGCUGGGAGGUCAUGGGGGUACGAACCCUGGUUUUGGGAUGA